AUCACAACUCAACUCAACAAAGCAAAGCCGCCGCCACCGAGAUAUAAUUAUUAAUCUUUGAGAAGAUGGUGUUUGAAAGGAAGCAGAAGAGAAGAAAUCUAGAUGGUGUUGAUGCUCUGGAUCGUAUAUCCCAAUUGCCAGAACAUAUUAUACACCACAUCCUCUUCCUCAUGCCCCAUAAAGAUGCUGCUCGUACCACUGUUUUGUCCAAGUCAUGGAAACAAGUGUGGAACUCACUGCCCAGGUAUGAUUUCACAUUCUGUGAUGGAACGUAUUAUGAUAAUAGCCCAGCUCACUUUGAGAAGAAAAUCGAGAAAUUUGUUAGGUCCGUUGAUGAAGAUUUGUUACCACUCCGUGAGCACAAGACAACAAUCCAAAUUGUCCAACAGUUUAGGUUGAGGAUGACCCUUUGUCAUCACAAAUAUGCCUCUCGUAUUGAUAACUGGAUUGAAUUGGCUAAUAGAAAUCUCAUGGAAUCGCUAUACCUUGAGUUGACCAGCAUGAACAAAGUGGGAAGGUAUGUUUUGCCUAAGACAACCUUUUUUGUUGAAUCUUUAGCCGAAUUAACGUUGAAGGGUUGUAAAGUGUUGGGAAACUAUUUUGGUGACGAUAUGAUUAAGUCUAUUUAUUUGCGAAAGCUGACUCUAGAGAGAGUUGACGUUGAUUAUUUGACAAUAACAAAGAUCCUACGUUGCUGCCCUUUGCUUGAGGAAUUCACUCAAUCGAAUUGUUGCGUGAAAGCGAAACGUGUUCACAUAAAUUAUGCUCCCAAGCUUAAGAAGGCUAAAUUAUAUGGAGUCAAAAAGAUUAAGAUUGAAGCUCCUAAUCUUGAAGAACUAUACUGUAGGGGUGAUCCUGGACGAUUGGACUCAGAUUCGUUUGCUUGCAACAAUGUAAAGAAACUGAAAAUAUCAAUGUUCGAAACUUCUAAAUUGUUCGAGGACCUUAAUUCUAAGUUUCCUCUACUUGAGACCUUGGACUUGCAAUUCUACGACUCCAAACUUAAAAUUUCCAGUGAUAGACUUAAGAGUUUAAGUUUGUUAUCUCCUAAUAAACAGUUGCCGAUGCUUCAGUGCAAUACCGUCCUCAUUUUCCAUCACUUCUUGUUUUCUAUUAAAAAUUGA